AUGGCUCUCUUUUAAGAAUGGUUAUAUGGAUCUGCAAAUGAUUUCUUUUCUUGGAAAAUAUAUGAUAUGCUCCCUAAAUCAGGGACUGUAGACAUACUUGGAUUAUCGAAUUAGUUUCGCCCAUAAAUAUAUUCUGCUUGGCAUCUUAAUCCAAGAAGCGUUAAUUUUCACACCAGAAGAUAUAUUUUAAAAAGAGGAAUUUUAGAAAACGACCUUGAUAUAAUUAAGGAUGCGCUUGACCAUGGAUUAGAUAUAAAUAGCGAAAUAGAUUUAAAAUAUGGGUUUACACCUCUUUCGUUAGCAGCAAUAUUAAAUAGAACUGCGAUAAUAUAAUAUUUAUUUUUGAGAGGAGCUGAUGUGAAUAAAUUGGAUAGGACAGGAAAUACUCCUCUAAUGUAGGCAGUCAAAAACUGGAAUUUUGAAAGUAUAAAAAUCCUAGUUGAAAGCUGCUAUAGUGAUUUAAAUGUUAAAGAUUAAUAUGGUUAGACUGCAUUAGACAAGGCUAAUUUUAAAAAAUUGAAAGCUAUAGAAGUAUACCUGCAAGAUAGAGAUAUACUAAAUGAAGAGAAUGAAAAAAUAUAUCGCAAAGCCUUCAAUUUGGAUAAUUAAGAACAAAGCAAUCUUGUAAAUUAAAACUCGAAAACGAAAAAAAGUUAAAAUAUUUCUAAAAUAUCUGCAAAAGAGUAAGCGCAAUUAGAAAAACAGAUUUAAUUUAAACAAUUCCCAAAAUUUUCUUUAGAAUUAAGUAUCGAAAAUCUAUUCAAUGAUAAAUCUGGUGAAUAACUUAUUAAAAAUAAGAAAGUAUAUAUUCCUUAAGCACUUCGCUAUCCAUUUAACAAUUUUAAAGGUGUUUAUAGAGUAUCAUUCUAAAAUUUAAAGACUGUAGAUGAAGCACUUUUGGAAAUUAAUGGAAAUUGA